CACUUGCCCUCAGUACCACUCCAUUCCCCCCUCGCAAUGGACAUCUGGAACGGGACAUGGUCGCCGCAUUCCGAGCAUCACGAGAGCAGUGGUAGCUAUGGCGAUGGGAAGGAGGAAGAGUCACAGCCCGAGGCAGGACCUUCAAACUACCAUGAGCGGACCUCGUCUCUCUCUUCGGCGGAUCACACGACUCCGCCCCUCGAUGAUGCAGAGGGUCCAAAGCCUGUCAGCCGCAGGCAAAGCCACGAGAACAGCUUGCAGAGGAUACGACCUCCCACCAGCCGAGGACUGGGCUCAUUCAGCAACAACAACAUCGACAGGCACGGCAAGCUCAAGGCCACGGAACCACCGAUAGACACAAGGGAAGGGAAACGGCCGGAGGAACAGCAAUUGAAGGAGGCGGAGACUGAAGAAGAGGAAGAGAAAGUCUGCAGGAUAUGCCGGUGUGGUCCAGAAGAAGAUCAGCCCCUCUUUCAUCCCUGCAAGUGUACAGGCUCGAUCCGCUACACCCACCAAGAUUGCCUCAAGGAUUGGCUGUCACACUCUCGCAAAGACAAAUGCGAGUUAUGUGACCACCCAUUCACUUUCCACAAGAUCUACUCGGAAGACAUGCCCUACCAUGUGCCGCGCCGCAUACAGGCAGCCUUCAUGACAAAGAAGGCGGGUCAGGUCGCCCUGCUCGUGGCACGCUGUUUCGUCGUCGUAGCCAUCUGGCUCGCAUUUGUACCCUGGGCGCACAUCAAUUUCUUCAGAGCAGCAUUCUGGACGACUGAUCUUCUCAUCACCGCGGCAGGAGGAGGGUCAUCGACGUGGACCAACGUGACGAGCGCCGUAAUGUCCGCCAGCAAUCCACUCUCGUUCUCAGCGCCCGCAGCACCUAGCCCAACCGCUCUACCUCCACCACCAUCACUCGGCGCACCCGGCCUCGCUCUCACAGUUUCGGGUCAAGCUCUCAUUGGCGGCGUCAUCUCCUUUGGCCUCUAUGCCACCCCUUGGGCAGGGCUCGGAGGCGGCAUCUCGCUGCUACUCGACUGGGCUCUCAGAGCAGAGACGGCCAGCCUGAUCCACGACAUCUUCCUCGGGCAGGUCCUGACAUGCAUCAUCAUCGUCCUCGUCCUGUCGGCGUGGUUCACGCGGGAAUGGAUCGUCAUGCAGAUGCCGGCGCAAAUACCAGAGCCUGAGCCCGAGCAGGAGAGGCCAGCGCAGGCUCCAGCAGCAAAUCACGAAAGACUGCAGCGCCUUCGAGACGAACUGCAGCGUGCUCGCGCGAACCUCGAGGAGGUGCAGAGGAUGCGCACAGAAUUGGACGAGGUAGGGAACGCAGAGAAUCCUAACCUCGCCAUUCUGCGGAUGGGCGAGCGCGAGGCGGAGCGGGGAUGGGACGCAAAUCCACUGGGAGAGGAGCCAGACGUCGUGCGACUACGACAAGCGAGACUGGCUGCUUUUCUCGGGCCUGACGGGCGCGCCAAUCGGGAACGGCAGCCCGUUCGAGAGGCAGAUGGUAUCGAUACCGAGACUGGACAGCAUGCGGAGCCUGUCAUUCCCCCUCCCCCACCAACGGAUAUACCCUGGGAUGACCUGCUCGCUCAAGCGACAGCAGAUGACGCUUACCGCAAUCAGCGCAUGGAUGUCAUGAACCAAGCUAUGGACUUCGAUGCAGAAGAUCAUUGGGACGAUCCUCCUCCCCCUCCUCCCGUCAAUGAGCAUGAGCUCCUCCUCGCCGGCCCCAACCCUGCCGAUGUCCAUCAAGCACUCGCUGCGGUCCAAGGUCAAGCACAAGCAGCAGCUCCUGCCGCACCACCAAAUGGCAACGCUGCUGCUGGACCCGCCCCCGAUGCAGCUGCUGCUGCCGCCGCCGAAGCAGAAGCAAUCGCCGCUGCAGCAGAUGCGGCGGACCUCGAAGGUGAGAUGGAGGGCAUGCUCGAGGCCAUUGGCUUCCGUGGUGACCCGGUCCAUCUCCUGGCAAACGUCUCCAUCGUCAUGGCCCUUUGCACCUUCUGCAUCGUCGUCGGGGUGGCAAUGCCCUACUUCCUGGGGCGCGUCUUUGGCCUGGGCAAAGGUUUCAUCGAUGUGGUCACUGCGCCCGUCAGGCUCAUACGUUUCGUUACGGAUCCAGUCUUUGAUGCUGCGAUCAACGUAGUCAUAGGAAAGGGGGUCACUAGAGCAGGUACGCGGCAGAGCGCAGCAGUGACAUCGGCGCUUCAAGCCUGGGAAGGAUUCCUCGCGCUAGUUCGGACCUCACCCGCUUCAACCACUGCGCCCCACGCCACGCCUACGCCUUUCUCAUCAGCCACCAGCGCCUUUGUUGACCGGAUUCGCGCCCUGCCAGUCGAAGUGAUCCAACCAAUCGAGGAACGUCUCGUCUCCACAGACGGCUCAGUCGGACAUCGCUCCCUCUGCGUCGGGCUCGGCCACUUCUGGUGGAUUGCCCUCCUCGCCCUUCGUCUCAUCGGGGAAGACGUCAUGCGUCGCCAUCAGCCAUCCUCGCAACGCCCAUCUUGGUGGCUCCGAGAUGGCGUCACUCAAGUCCUGAUAGUGAUCAAGGUACUCAUCUUCCUCGCCAUCGAGAUCGUCGUCUUCCCGAUCGGAUGCGCCCUCGUGCUUGAUCUCUGCACGCUUCCCCUCCGCGGCGUCACGCUACACUCCGCCCUGCUCGCCCCUUUAAACCACCCAUUCAGCUUCACCUUCAUACGCUGGGCGAUAGGCACCCUCUGGAUGUUCAGGUUCGGCCUGUAUAUGAGCCACGUCCGCUCCUUUGUGAGACCGGGGGUAUUGAGCUGGAUACGCGAUCCGGAAGAUCCGGAGUUCCAGCCUAUCAAGGAGAUUCUCGAGCGCAAGGGCUGGCAGCAGCUCCGCAAGAUUGGCACGUCGGGGAUCAUGUAUGGGUGCCUGAUCCUGGCGCUCGUGGGGUGGAAUGUCCAGCUCGCUUGGUGGGCCUGGGGCGAGCGAGUCCUGCCCUUGAGGUUUCCGCACCAUUCUUGGGCGCCGUAUGACUUGAUGUGCAUCUUGCUCUUGGUGCCGGCUGGCAACCCGGAGAAUUUAGAGGAUGCAGCCGCUUGGGCAUCGCGUAAGUGGUGGCGAGCGGCAGGGGAUGCGCUGCGACUCAGCGGCUACCUCUUCGGCGACGAGGAUGAUGGCGCCGGUGCGGCCGCUGCAGGCGACACCUUCCUCGCUCGCAUCCCAGCAAGCGACAACUCCGUGCCUGGUUCCCCACUGCUCAUCCGUAUCGAUGAGGCAACAGGGGAGCCAAUCAGUGAACGUGGCAAGGAGGCCCUGCGCGAACAAGAGGCUCGUAUCGAAUCCAUGCCGGAGCCCAAGGCCAAGUAUGUGACCAUGCGUCUCCCCACGCAUUUCGGGCGAAGAGUCUAUGGCUUGCUCUUUCUCAACUGGCUCACGUUCUCCAUCGUGGUGCACGCCUUGCUUGGUGCGUUGGUGCUGGGCAGGCGAAUCAUCAAUGAGGGGCAGCAUGAUGGCUACGCCCUCGCUGUAGGCUGCACAUUUCUCUGCCUCCCCUUCGUCGGGGCUCGCUGGGCUUACAAGGGGAUUGCGGCAGUCAGACGACGAGGUCAGACUCACGUCGCACGUCUCCGAAUCGCACGUCGCUUUCUUCGGCGCUCCUUCGCCGCCGUCUGGCUCACAUUGGCUCUUGGCGUCUUCACACCCUCACUCCUUGGAAUCGUCCUCGACCAAGUCAUCGUGUCACCUCUCCGCCCUCAAAGCACACUCGACAAAAAUCAGACGUGCCUUCCUUUUGCGUGGGCCAUGGGUCUCCUGGCUCAGGAGCUCUUCGUGUACGGCGUCGCCGACUAUCUACCUGCCAAUCGACAGGCGCAAGCCGUUCAAGAGCUGCGCCGACGUGGUUGGAAGAGGAUACGGGCUUGGCCUGCUACGCGCGACCUUGUCUUGCCCAUUGUGGUGGCGAGCCUUGCUGCGAUCGUGUUGCCACUGCUGAUCGUGGCGAACAUCACUGGCAAGGGUGCCUCGCGAGAAAGGGAGAUAGAGGCACUCCAGCUCGGUCGACUGGUGGUGCUCGCGGCGGUAUUGGCUUGGCUGGUGAUGAGGCUCAUGGCCAUGCAUCUUGAUCGAUUCGAUCGGGAGUUGAGGGAUGAGGUGUAUCUCAAGGCUAGCGAGUUGCGGAAUUUCGAGGACGCAGCCGACCAGCAGAGCGCUAACGGAGCGGAUCGUGCGCAGCAGGAUGAGGAGGCGGAGCAGCAGGACGAGACGCUCGAACUCGAUGGGAGCUCGGAUGACGGGCAGGUAGCGGUCGAGGGGCGUGUGGAGGAAGUCGCGUUCUAAGCAGGACCCUGAAGCUCAGUCUUCUCAGUGUAGCGGUGCUAUGCGACUUGGUCAUCAUUCAUCUAUUUGCUUCUAUGCUUGCCC